AUGAGAGAAACAAGGCUCUGGAGCCAAUGCGGGAAUUCCAUCCUUGCUCUAUACCCUCGUCACUUGUCUAGCUUGAGUUUACCGUGUCGCCUUAAGGCUCAGGCCGAAUGGCAAAUCAGCCUUGCAAAACACUCCGGCGUUUAUUUGUCUUCUUUGUAUACAGUAGCAUCAGGUAGAAGGCUGCGCGGAACCGUCAAUCGAUCUUUUUUCUCGACCUCUGGAUUCCUGCGGUUCUAUACUACUCAAGUGUCUGCAGAACCCCGGGCCGAUGCCCAGGGCAUCCAGAAGAGCCUGGAGGUCAAGGAUCGGCCAAGGGGUUCGGGUUUGUUCCUCGGGCCUUACCAAAAGGUCCAGGAUGAAAGUGCCUGCAUUUCUCCGUAUGUCUAUACGAUAUCGUUACCGGGGAAAAAUAGCAUCGCAAAGUACAUCGAUACCCUCCAGGAAUGGAUGCGUCUCGACUCCGUUCUAGCAGAGGUUAUUAAGAGCAUCGCAGUGGAUCUGGUGACUAUAUCUCUAAUGCUGGAUGAUAUUCAAGAUGGGUCAGAGCUUCGACGCGGCUUUCCCGCGGCACAUGUUGUAUAUGGACCUGGCCAGACCAUCAAUAGCACUACCUAUAUCAUCGCAAAAGCUGCUCGAAAAGUAGAGCAGCUCGCAAACGACAGGAGCCGUAUGGUGUUCCUGGAAGAAAUACAGAAUCUAUGUGCCGGCCAGGGAUUGGAUCUCUACUGGCGGCAUCAAGCGAAAUGCCCGUCGAUCGAAGAGUACAUCUCAAUGGUCGAUAACAAAACCGGAGGAUUUUUCCGCCUGGUAACGCGACUUAUGGCAGCGGUAUCUAAGGAGCCCAUGAAGUCGAGGGAUCUUCUUCAGUUGGUAACCCUGAUGGGACGAUACUACCAAAUCCGCGAUGAUUAUCAGAACCUAGUAUCCGAGGAGUAUGCCGCUAAGAAAGGAUUCUGCGAUGAUCUAUCGGAGGGAAAAUUCUCCCUUCCACUUAUCCACCUCCUUCAGAACGCCCCAUCCCAAGCAGCAGAUCGCGCCAGAGAUCUCAUCUUUCGUCGAGAUCAGCGCGCCGAGGACUCAGGGCGUGGUCUUAGCCGAAUGUCAAAGAAGUGGGUGCUUGCCGAGAUGAAGAAGAUUGGUAGUUUGGAGUAUGUCUACACUGUGCUAGAGCACAUGCAUGCAGAAAUGUCUGUGCUGUUGAAUAGUGUGGAGAACGACAUCGGGGAGAAUAAAAAGUUGAGGGCGUUUCUGGUACUUCUCAAACUUUGA